ACCGCCCAGGGAAGACACCGCAUUCAUUUACGAGCCUGUAGUUUUGUGUUUUGUUUUGUUUUUUUUGCGGACUCCCUCCCUCCCUCAUCGCCCCGGGUUGACUGUCCGGUCCAGAAUGAGUCGGUCGAGAGGAAGGCAGCACCGGUUUACCUGAGCGAGUGGUCACUUUUUCUUUUAACCCCGCGAAACAUGCUCUGACUUUUUUAUUUAAUUUAAUUGGAUGCCGUGUCGGGCUGCUACUGUUGCUGCCUCCCUGGAAGAAACUAGAGGACUCUUGCUUGUGUCAGCUUGGGUGUUUUUUUUUUUAAACUGAAAUGCAAGGUUAUGUAGAUAGGCAUUUCUCUUGCAUACAUCUCCGCUCUAUUGUUUACAUGUUGUAAUUGGAUUUUCCAUCAUUUCCAGCAGCAGCAGCAGUAGUAGUAGCUCAGUUUUUUCUCCCUUCUCCUUCUCCUGUUCGGAGUUUUUUGUUUUUUUGUUGUUGUUGCCGGGUCGUCCAGGUUGUGUCGAGGCCGGUGGUGCUGGAGGAGAAGAAGAAGAAGAAGAAGAAGAUGGGACUACCUGCCCUGGAGUUCAGUGACUGCUACCUGGACAGCCCGCAGUUCAGGGAGAGACUCAAGUCCCACGAACUGGAGCUGGACAAGACCAACAAGUUCAUCAAGGAGCUGAUUAAAGACGGCAAAGCUCUCAUCCAGGCUUUGAAAUGUCUGUCAACAGCCAAGCGGAAGUUUGCUGACUCUCUCAACGAGUUUAAAUUCCAGUGUAUCGGAGAUGCCGAGACGGAUGAUGAGAUUUGCAUAGCCAAAUCUCUUCAGGAGUUUGCAGCAGUUCUACAGAACCUGGAGGAUGAGAGGACACGGAUGAUCGAGAACGCCAAUGAUGUGCUGAUCAUGCCUCUGGAGCGGUUCAGGAAAGAACAGAUCAGUGCAGCCAAGGAAGCCAAGAAAAAAUAUGACAAAGAGACAGAGAAGUAUUGUGCAGUGCUGGAGAAGCAUCUUAGCCUUUCAGCAAGGAAGAAAGAGUCACAUCUGCAUGAAGCGGACAACCAGGUGGAUAAUGUUCGGCAGCAUUUCUACGAGGUUUCUCUGGAGUAUGUCUUCAAGGUGCAGGAGGUCCAAGAGCGGAAGAUGUUUGACUUUGUGGAGCCUCUGUUGGCGUUUCUCCAAGGCCUGUUCACCUACUAUCACCACGGCUAUGAGCUGGCAAAGGACUUCAAUCACUUCAAGACCGAUCUCACCAUCAGCAUACAGAAUACGAGGAACCGCUUUGAGAGCACGCGGUCAGAGGUGGAGAGUCUGAUGAGGAAGAUGAAGGAGAAUCCGCAUGAUCACAAGAGUGUCAGUCAGCACACCAUGGAGGGAUACCUGUUUGUCCAGGAGAAGCGCUCAUUUGUGUCUACCUGGGUGAAGUACUACUGUACAUACCAUCGCGAGCCCAAGAGGGUGACCAUGGUACUGUUUGACCCUAAAUCAGGAGGAAAAAUGGGGGAAGAGGAGAGCUUCAUCCUGAAGUCCUGCACCAGGAGGAAGACAGACUCGAUAGAAAAGAGGUUCUGCUUUGAUGUGGAGGCUGUGGACAGGCCGGGAGUGAUCACCAUGCAGGCUCUGUCAGAGGAAGACCGCAGGUUGUGGAUGGAGGCUAUGGAUGGGAGAGAGCCGGUGUACAAUUUAAACAAAGACAACCAGGCUGAAGGCAUGGCUCAGCUGGAUGUCAUUGGGUUCAACGUGAUGAAAAAAUUCAUCUAUGCAGUGGACACUCGAGGUAUCGAUGAGCAGGGCUUGUACAGAAUUGUUGGCGUCAGCUCCAGAGUACAAAAACUACUGAGCCUGGCUAUGGAUCCUAAGACAUGUGCUGAUGUGGAGCUGGAAAAUGCAGAGUGGGAGAUUAAGACUAUCACAAGUGCUAUCAAGCACUAUCUCAGAAUGCUGCCUGCACCUCUAAUGACAUAUCAGUACCAGAGGAGCUUCAUCAAAGCUGCCAAAUUGGACAACCCAGAGGCCAGGGUGACAGAGAUCCAUGCUCUGGUGCACCGGCUGCCUGAGAAGAACAGACAAAUGCUGGAGCUGCUGAUGAAACACCUGGCCAAUGUGGCCAGUCACCACCAGCAGAAUCUGAUGACCAUCGCUAAUCUGGGUGUGGUCUUUGGGCCGACCUUGCUUCGACCCCAGGAGGAGACGGUGGCAGCCAUCAUGGACAUCAAGUUCCAGAACAUUGUUGUGGAGAUCCUUAUAGAGCACCAUGAAAGGAUAUUUAGGGAUGUGCCAAGCUCUUCAGGAGGUUCGACCAACCUGCCGCUCAACCUGCCCAGGAGAAAAAGCACUGAGAGCAAAGCCCCAUCCUGCAGCGAGAGGCCUCUCACACUCUUCCACACACCAACACAUUCCCAGAAAGGUGAAAAGAGGAACAGUGUUGUCAACGCCACCGUCAGCGAGCUACAGCAGCCGGUUUCCUCUUCUGCCAACUGUAACAGCAGCAGCAGUAGCAGCAGCAGCAGCCAAGGUCGAACCCCAAGACACAGCCUGACCAGCAACGACGGAGAGCAAGACACCCGUCAGAUCCGACCCAGUUCACUGCUCAACCCAAAGAGUCGUGGCAGCAUACCAACUAGCACAACGUCUCCCAGCCCCACUUCACCACGUUCUCCCUCCUGGCCAAUGUUCUCAGCCCCGUCAAGUCCACAGCCGACGUCCUCCACCUCCAGCGAUUCCUCUCCUGUCAGUAUUGCGGGCAGGAAGGCUCGAGCGCUGUACGCCUGCAAGGCCGAGCAUGACUCUGAGCUGUCCUUCAUCGCUGGAACCAUCUUCGAGAACGUUCAUGCCUCCAGGGAGCCGGGUUGGCUGGAAGGGACUCUGGAAGGUCGAACUGGACUGAUACCAGAAAACUAUGUGGAGUUUUUAUAGUCCAGGGCCAAGAAAAAGACCUGAACUGGACGAUACUGGACUAGAGAUGACCAAACUGGACUAGAGGGGGACUAGAUUUGACUGCACAAGACUGAACAGACUCUGUUAGAUUGUAAACUAUACUGGACUGGACCAUUGUUGAUGAGGCCAUUCUUGUCUUGACUAGAACUGAAACUGGACAAAGCAGAACCAUAUCAAAUGGAUAUGACGCAGAAAUAAAGCGGAGCGGAUCGAGGAGAGACCCAUGAAUUGCACUGGAAAAAAGAAAAGUUACGACUCCCUCUGUGUGGUUCUGGCUGUUAUUGGAUUAGUGUGGAUGAUUUCCCAAGUCCUGGUGAAGAUGAUGUGGUAAUGAACCUGGAAUGUGUGUGUGUGUGUGUGUGUGUGUGUGUGUGUGAGAGAGAGAGGAAAGAAAAGUGUAUGUUUGGGGGAGGGGGGUUCAGUUGUAUAAAUUAGUUGAUAUUUCUGAGCUGUGAGGCUUGUGAUUUUUCAGCCCUUCAGCGUCAUAAUGUUGAACUGCUUCAUCUUCUCCUCUCUUUAUCAGCUUGAAAUAGAAAGCUGGAGAUGAUGGAGAUGAUGACAGCAAAUGUGAGAAAAAGCAAGUGGCCUCUAACUUUGGACUUGCUAAUUCACCUCCUCUGUGCGGCAUUUGUAUGAUUGCUUAUGCCAUUAGGGGAGUGGAGCUUUUAAAGCAGAUUUAAAUGAUUGGGUUUGGCUGAAUAGCUCCAAAUGUGUUUGUGAGCACUUUCUGUGGCAGUCCGGUAAUUCCCCAGGACAAGACUCAACCUGGCUAAUGUUUCAGAGCUCCAGUUCAGCAGCAGGAGCCCCAAGGCAGAUCAGAGUAGGAUGAGGUCGCCUGGAAAACAGUUUGCCAAAAGGUCAGCAUUGGGUUUCUCCUUUUUUUUUAAAGGAGCAGAGCCUUCGCAAAAAAUGUGAAAAAUUUCAAACUAGCUCCACAAGCCGAUCAGCGGUUUACAGUGCAGCAUAGGAGUAACAACUGAUUCCUGCUGGUUAAAACAAGCCCAGCUGUGAGGCCUUGCUCUGCCUCCCCAGCUCAGACACUUUUUGACUGUUGGAACUAACUGGAUACUGUGUAGUGCUGAGUCAUAUUUGCACUAUUUUGGGGAAUUCUCAUCAAGCACAGUGUUUUAUUUUCCACUUCGCAGAGCACUGGUGUUCCAAGCCAUCAAUGUUUUUCUUUUUCAACCUCACUUCAGAAACACAUACAAUUGAAUAUAUUUAUUUUAAGCUUGGUUUUUCUUCUUGUUUUAGCCAUCAUGGAUUCAGUUAAUUCCAUUACUUUAGACAGAAGAAGUCCAAAUAGGACACAGUUACCUUUUGUAUGUUAUCACUCAGCACCAAGAUUCUUUUCUGCUUUUAUAUAGAAUCAAAAAGACAAUACUAUGAUUGUCUUAAAUGGACGGAUAUUUAUAGACAAGAGAAAGUUGUCCAUGCAUAUGGAAAUGAAAUGUAGAUAGCGUAAUAUUUGUUUUUCAGAGAAACACAGAGGAAAAGACAAGUCAUUAAUUUUCAGAGAUGUUCAGAUACACAUGUAAACGCUGGUCUGCUUUGGGGCUCCAAUAACUGUCCUCUUUUCAUGAGUCAAAACUGAACUUUUUCCUUGAACCAGUUGGUGAACGUCUGAAAAGAAAUGUCUAAAAAGAAAUGUCUAAAAAGAAAAAAGUUUUUAGUUAAACUUUUUCUCUUUGGACAGAAUAUUGAAAGAAUAUUAUAGCAUUUUAACAGGAAAAUCAAAUGGGAGAGUAAAAAAAUGUGAAACGAGACUACUUUGUUCAUAUAUAAACUUAUUUAUGAGACGUUCUUCAAGGCGCAAUUCUGAACUUUAUUCUUUUGAGGUGUUCUAUUGACAUUGUAAAUAAAUUCACAUUUGAUAAGGUAUAAUUUUUUUAAGUAUGAAAUUUUAUAUUUUGUAUUUUUAGCAUACUAACUUAAUUCCAUCUUUGUUGCCCAGAUUUUUGUAUCAUUUAAGCCUGUCUCCAGCCUUAAAUAUUCCUUCAGAUGUUUUGGUGAAUUGAUAAGCAUGUGCAGAAUUAAAAGAUAAAUGUU